AUGCAUUAUUCCUUGACCAAGGACGAUCCUCCUCCUUCGCUGGAAUUUCUUCACUCCGAUCUCUUUCCCGAGGUUUGUCCAGGCCAAGAUGGGGAGGCGCUGCAGGUAGAGGGACCAGAGGGAAAUGGACAUCAACAUGACACUUCUCCGCCACACACUCCAUCCAUUCAUUCUAGUUCCAGUUCUUCUUCCGAUGCAUCGCUUGGGACAUCCUCUUCUUCAUCUAGAGAUGGGCCUCCUUUGUCUCUCGCCUCGUCGUCGGGCUCCGCAACCAGCUCCAACAUGUCGCACGCUAAUGAGGACUCAGCUGGGUUAGGGGGUGAGUUGGGUAAUAACCAACCGAGUCCUCUAUCCCCCUCCACCUCUUCCUCGACGUUCCGACAGGAUAAACAAGGGAACUCGACCAGUGUGGUUACUUGA